AUGUCAUACACCUUCCUUCUUUAUGUUUCUUCUUCUUCUUCUUCUUCUUCUUCUUCUUCUUCUUCUUCUUCUUCUUCUUCUUCUAUAUAUUUAAACAAUAUUAAAUCAACAUAUAUUAUCAUUACUCAAAUAACAUUUCUCACAUUCACUCUUUCUAUCUAUCUAUCUAUCUAUCUAUCUAUCUAUCUAUCUAUCUGUCGCUCUCUCCCUCUCUAUUUAUCCAUCUAUUUGUCUGUCUUCCCAACUACUCUUUUUAUACUCCCCGAUCUAUCGAUCUCCAAACUUCAUAUUUUCUCUCCCAACAUUUCUUUUAAUCUUAUCUUUCUCUCUCAUCAUAUAUACGUCGCUCCUAAUCUUCCUUUUCAUCUGAUCUUUCUCUCGCGCCAUUUAUACGUCUCUCCCAAUCUUCCUUUUCAUCUGAUCUUUCUCUCUCGCCAUUUAUACGUCUCUCCCAAUCUUCCUUUUCAUCUUUCUCUCUCGCCAUUUAUACGUCUCUCCCAUGUUUACGUCUCUCUCAAUCUUCCAUUCACUUAUUAUCUUUCUCUCCCAACUAUUUUCCCCACAUCUUUCUUAAUUUAUUCGAUUAUCCUUCUUUUACGCGCUGAGGCCCUUCAGGACAUAAGCGAUAAUGGCUCUCGACAACUUCCUAUCCUUUGUAGCUCUUUUAUAUUUUGUUCCUUUUUGACUCUCUCAUUUCCUGUUUUUAUCGAUCUAUCUCUUCCUACCGCCUUCUCUCUCUCUCUCUCUCUCUCUCUCUCUCUAUCUAUCUAUCUAUCUAUCUAUCUAUCUAUCUAUCUCGCGAGCGCGCUGAGCAAUUUUUCAUACACAUUUUACUUUUCUCUAUCAAUAUAUCUAUCUCGGUCUAUUAUCGGUCUCUCAUUAUAUCUCUGUUUCUCACUUAGCGUGUUUUAUCUAUCUUUACAUCUAUCAAGCUAUCUAACGAUCGUUCGUAGUUUGUGUGUGCCUGUUUCUCUGUUUUUUCUCAGACUGUGCACAUCUGUGGAUUCAUGUCAAUUCCAUAAAUUUUCUAUCUAUCUAUCUAUCUAUCUAUCUGUUCAUUAUCUACCUCUUAAUACUGAUAUACUCUCAUCAUUUGGCACGAUCUUUCAUUUCCUCUUUAUCUCCACUUGGUCUAUUUAUCUCAGUCUGUUCAUAUCUAUCUAUCUAUCUAUCUAUCUAUCUAUCUAUCACAGUUUAUCAAUCAAUCACAGUAUAUCUAUCUAUCAGUUUAUCUAUCUAUCUAUCAACCACAGUAUAUCUAUCACAAUUAUCUAUCUAUCUAUCUAUCUAUCUAUCUAUCUAUCUAUCUAUCUAUCUAUCUAUUUCUAUCUAUCACUCUUUUCAUAUCUAUCUAUCUAUCAAUGCAUCUAUCUAUCUCAGUCUGUUCAUACCUAUCUAUCUAUAUCAGUCUACUCAUAUCUAUCUAUCUAUAUAUCUAUCACUGUCUGA